AGGAAUGCUUAUGUCACACAAUUUUAAUCAUAUCAAGACAGUGACAAAAUCACUCGAAAAGGAGAACUAUCGAUGAAAAUUUGAAUAACAUGUUGAGGUAUCAAUGUAAUUAAUUCGAACACUAUCUUACGAUGCUGAAACGGGAGAGAAAGAGUGACAUGUCAACAGUAUACAUAGUACAUAUCGUGGAACCUCGAUAUAUCGGCCAUAUUCGUUUCAUACAAAAGUGACUUAAUUGUCGGAAAAACGCUCACAUGAAAGAUAUGUCUUGUGGAUAUUCCUGUAGAAUAAUUACAUAUAAAUAAUUAUCUAAUUUCACAGUGUACACGUCUUUAAUUAAAGCAUACACUGAAGCUCCAUAAUACCAGUCAACGAAAUCAGCCAAUCAGUGGCAGAACAGUUAUGCAAAUGACAAGUAUCUGGAAUCACGACUAUCGUAGUUUUCGUAGUUUGUAAGGGUUGUGGUUGAAGAUAACACGGGGAAAUUCUCCAAGUAAAUAAUAAUAAAUCCUAAUUUCAUGACAUAAAGCUGCUGUGCUGUCAACCGAUGGCAUUUUCAGUGACAACACGUGAAGUACUUUCAACAAAUGAUUAAGAAAAAUGUUUCUACGUAUACUUGUUAAAAUCAAGAAACUUUUCAUAUUUGUAUAAAUCAUCUUUUAUGGUUUUUUUUUAUUAAUUCAAUAGACAGACAACUAAUAUUUUGUUCACAAUAUUGAAAUAUUUCGGGACCGAAAUAACCAUCGAUCAAUAUUUAAAAUUUCCGGAUUGUUUCUAUCCCGUCGUUUCGGUUUUGUAUUAUAAUGUUAUGCUGAUAACAAGGGGGUGGUACACGCAGCCAGAGUUUACUGAUGAAUUGCACGUCACUGUCGACUUCAUUCAGAUUUGGUGAUUUGAUUUACAACCACUCGCCAUGGCGGAAGAAGGACCCCAUCAGGACUCUAUCGAUAAUCCCAAACCAGCUAUGGACACCCACCUGUUAGAUUGUCCUAUCUGUCUAGAACAGCUACACCAACCAAAGUCGCUCCCCUGUCUUCAUUCUUUCUGCCAGAAAUGUCUGUCCACCUUCAUCACCAAGGACCCGUCAGAGAAGAUGGCGGCGGCAACUUCCUUUCUGUGUCCUGUUUGUAGGAUGAUCACACAACCGGUCAAUCAUUCCGAAGGUAAGGAGAAAUGGGCCCAACAAUUUCCAACCAAUGGUCUGAUUAACAGCCUUGUAAAGGUCACGAUGGAUGAGCCGAAGUAUUGCAAUCCCUGUGAGAAAAAAGGAAAAACUAGGAUUCCUGCAUCAAUCUGGUGUGAAACAUUGAACAUCAUGUUUUGUGAUACAUGUAAAGUUGAUUUUCAUGACUUGGUUCACGAAGGAUGUGAAACGGCUAACUUAGCCAAACCUGCAGAAAUAAUGCAACGACAAGAACAGGUAAGAUGUGGAAAACAUGCAAAGAAGAUGACUUAUCAUUGUGAAAACCAUCAAAAACUUGGUUGUAGUAGAUGCAUCACGAUAGACCACAGACGAUGUGACGAAGUGACAACAACACAGGAGUAUUGUGACAAAUUGAAGAGGGAAUCACGACUGGAUCACUGGAAGACAUCACUGCAGAAAACCACUGAAGCUAUCGGGUUACUGAUCCAAGAGUUUGACGAGCAACUUCAAAGCAUAGCGAAUGACCAAGAUAUCGGGUUUAAGAGUUUAAUAGAUCUAAGACAAAGUGUUGAUGCACGUCUUGAUGCUAUGCAGAAGAAAAUCACAGAUGAACUGACAGCAAUUUACAAAAAAGAGAAAGAGAAUUUGGAUUUGUCAUUGCAGAAAUGUAAACGACUAACGUCUUCAAUUCAAAACACAAUAAAAACCUCCGCAACAGUUAGCCAGAGGAUUGAUAGCGUGGACACAAUCUUGUUGUAUCAGAGAGGCGUGGCAGAGAUGAAAUCCUAUCAGGAUCUGGUGACAGAAAUGAGGAAGUCUUUCAUCGCUGUCAGAAUCAAGCAUUCCUUUGAUCUUGAUCUUCUCCAAAUGGAAAAGAACAUUCCACUGACCCUGGGGAAAGUCACAGUGCAGAGAGAACGUAGAAUUCUGCCUGGACAGUUGUUUACUCCGUUAGCGGAAUGCCGUGUGAAGGAGAUAGCAAAGUUUAACAUUAAGUCUUCCUCAGACGGCUCAGAUUGCUGUGCAAGUGGAAUUGUUUACCUACCAGAUGAUCAUAUCAUUGUAGGAGAUUGCAACAACAAGAAGGUCAAGUUAUUUACAGCUAUAGGGAAAUUAGAAGAUGAGUUGAAAGUUUCUGGGUCUCUGAUGGACAUGUGUCGUGUGGAUUAUCAAACUGUGGCGGUAACUCUUUCGAGUCUGAUUGCUGUAUACGUUAUCAAGGUGGAGUCUUCAAAACUUACCCUGUUGUUGAAAAUACAACUGCCUGCCGGACAAGAUCUAAGGGGUAUUACUUAUACAGGUAACAUAUUCAUUGUGAGCUAUGGGAGCAAUGUUCACAUCGUUAGUAAGGAUGGUAGUACGAAACAUAUGCGAACUUAUCCGACUUACUGCUGUCACCUUGCGUGCAAUCCAUGGACGCAAGAGAUUUAUGUCAGCCAACCCACCUCCUUAAAUGGCUCUGUUACUGUAUCCAAAUUUUCAAAUGAAACACGUACAGAUAUUGCAAAGGUCGGUGUCCUGAAUUCAGCUUUCGGGGUAGAUAUUGAUUGUGACGGCAAUUUGUAUGUGUGUGGGCAGGCGUCAAAUAAUGUGGUACAGAUGUCUGCGGACGGAACUCGCAUCAGGGAACUGCUCAGAGUAUCGGAUGGUGUAAACAAGCCAAGGGCAAUAUCUGUGUGUGGGGACAAAUUUGUGGUCACAAACGAAUCUUCAAAGCACAAGAAUGAAGUACACCUAUUUCAGCUUUACUGAGCAAAGUGAGUAAGCAUUCUGUGAGAUAUAUAUCGGGACCAAGUUGUGUGGUGUGUUGUUUAGUGACAAAUUGCAACAUGGCUGAAUCAGUUGUGAGUAUCCAUCCAUUGUGUAAAAUCAGAAACAGAGCAACUGGCAAGAAAGUGUAGUGACAUAUUGACAGGAAAAGAAUUAAACUGAAACGAUACAGCUACCUAGUAUAUUUAUAAUUAGGGACCAUUCACGGAUAUACAAUAAAAUUUCAUGUAUUAAUAUAUAUAUAAAUGAAUAAAUCCAUGUUAUGCUCACUUUGACCGACUUUUUAGCUGAUGGUCUUAUGUAUUAAUCUCUUUUAAACAACUUCUUAAUACAAAGAGGCCUUGGGUGAUGAUAUUAAACAAUGAGCUUAAAGUAACUAAGUCAAGUUUUAAUGUAACGUGGACAAGGCAAACAUGUUUAAAUCUUUAAGACUCGUAACGUGUAACGUGAAUUGUCAGCAGCAUUGACUAGCAGGUGAGCGAUAAUGAUCGAUGUGGUUUUGUUUUCACCUUCAUUGUCCUUAUAAUUUAGCGUUAUCUCUGUGAAAUAAAUGCGUAUAAUUGUUUGUACAUUUCAAAUAUUAGUAUGUCAUUGAUAACCUGAACAUAUCAGAACCAAAUUUGUACAGGAUUUUUAUACUAGAACUCGUUGGAAAAGAGAUGUACAUGUCAUCUAAUACCAAGCUCUCAAAGUGAGAAGCGAGUUAGUGACAAUUCCACAAGGCACAUUCAAAACCCAAAAAUAAAAAACAUCGACAUUCAUAUAGCACAAGGAAGAAAUAUAUAUGUUUUAUCAACCUUCCUCUCUUGUAACCAUGUGUUGAAAUUUUGUCUCUCAGUGUUUAACAGUGUUUGUUUUAAGCUUUGUUUAAAUUGAAUUAUUAAAAUCGAUACUAUAGCGAGUAAUAGUUCCUUUACGAAUUAGAGCACUGUGUUUAACAUGGUUUAUGAGAAAGGUGUAAACACACGCUAACGAAGGGGAAUGUUAAUUUGAAGUACAUAAAACCAAGCCCAAUCAAGAUGUAUCAAUAUGUCCUUAAGGUAAGGUUUCGCUAAAACCAUAAAACAAAUUUAGAGGUUUCUUAUCAGCUUCAUCACUUUUUGUUCUGCUUUCCACUUCAAUUAUCGAAAGCAAAACUUUCCAUUACAAUCCUUGUUUUCGUUUACCAGCAGUUCAUCUAUUUUAUGUAAAUAUUUUUACUGUUUGGUUACAUGGUUAAGGUGUCCUUGUAAAGAUAAUUUCCUCAAUAUUUGAAAUAAAGUUGUUACUGUGUUGAUGAUAUGUUUGUAGAAGUUUUUCUGUUGUUUGAAGGACUGCUAUAGAUCAGUUGGACCAAUAAAACCCUCCUUCACCAGCUGGUAAUAUUAAAUGCAUGUAAAUAUUGGGCACGACUGACUUUAAUGGUAAAAUAUAUCAGAAAGGAUUAUAAUAGCUGUACUUAUCAUUUUCUUUUAAAUACUUUAC